GAGUUUUUUUUUUUUUUUAUAACUCCGUAGUGAGCUUCAUUGAUCAUUUUUCUCUCCUUUUCCCCAUUCUAAAACCAAAAUCCGACAACAAAACCCACACGCUCUUCCAUAAUUCCUCAAAACCCAAAAAUGGCGUUGCUCGGCGACGACGGUCGAGGUUACGAAUUAGCUCGUAAACUAGAAUCUCACGGUGUAUGGCGUUCAUGGCUGGGCGAUUCACUGUAUACAAAUUUCAUUCACUUCCUUUCUUCUAAUUCUAUUUGGGAUUCCUUUAUGAAAACUGAUGAUUCAAAAACUAGGGUUCAAAUUCAACUUCAGCUACGCGUUCGUGCUCUACUCUUUGAUAAAGCUUCUCUUUCUCUCUUCCUCCGAUUCGAUAAAUCUGCAAGUCCGAAACUCAAUCCCAAUUAUUUGCAAUUGCAUGGUGAUGAUGUGUACUUUACACUUGAGAAUUGUUCACAAGAUGGGGCUCAACAGCGUGAUGGUGUUUCUGGUACAACCACUAUAUUACCUAAGGUCCAAUCUAAGUCAAAUUUUGGUGUUGGAUCAAGAUAUAGCGAGUCAGAAGCUGAUGCAAUGUCGCAGAGGUUGAAGCUUGAUGAUUUACCAGAAACAUGGUAUAACCAGUUCUUUGAAAAAUAUAAAGCAAGUAAAUCAUAUAAGUUACAGCUUGGUGACAAGGAAGCAGAAAAGCGAACACCUGAACAGAUGUCCUUUUAUCUGAGAGUUGUUGAGAAUCAUAAGAGACGGCGUGUAGUUAUUAAGGUAGAUCAGAACAUUGGUUUUGGCAUGUUAGAUGGUGGAUCAAACCUGCAAUCAAACUCAAUUUUAGAUAACGACAACCCAUUUUUUCCUGAAACAAUGUCUGCCAUAAAUUGUGUUCCUGAUAGUGCAGUCCUGCGGACAAGUCAACUGAAAGAGAACCAGAAAGUGGAGUUUAACGGGGUUCUAGAUACUUUACCCCAAAUAAUGACCAAGAGCCCUAUUAUGAUUGAGAGGCUUGGUAUCAGACCAGAGUAUCUUAGCAUGGAUCAAGGCAAUAAUCAAAAUCUUGGAAAGAGUGGUGCUGAGAGGACUAAGAAAUGUCUUGGUGAAGAGCAAGCACUAAAGUUAUCACAAAAGGUUAUGGCACAAUUGCUGGGAAAUGUGGGUUUCGAAGGCUCAUCUGAAAUUCCGCUGGAUGUCUUGACUAAAUUCAUGAGUUGCCAUAUUCGUAAAUUAGGUUCUACUUUAAAACUCCUUGCUGAUAGCUACAGAAAGCAGUGUUCUGCAAUGGAACUUCUCAAGAUGUUUCUCCAUGCAGAUGGACAUAGUAAUCUUGCGGGGUUAUCUGAACUUGUGAAGGAUAAUACCAGGAAUGUUGUGCAACAAACUCAGCAGCAAGUACAGGGAUUCCAACCACAGUUGCAACCUCAGCAUGCAGUUGCCAUUCGACAGUCACAACAGCAGAUAUUAAGAAUGCAUCCUCAGAUGCAGCAGCAGAUGUUCAAUCCCCAAAAUCUGACUCCUCAGCAACAGCAGCAGCUGGAGAGAAUGCGAAGGCGCCAGCAGUUAACACCUCGUCCUGGUAUGAGUAUGAACAUGAACACCGAGAAGGACAGGCCCUUAGUUGAAGUCAAGCUCGAACAUCCAACUGAUUUCCCAAUGGACAGCAAUGCCUUUAAUGCAAUGACUGCGAGACAGUCCCAGAUGCAGCAGUUCCGUCAGCAGCAAAUAGCUAUGUCAUCUCCCUAUGCUCAAAACACAAAUCAGUUUAGGCCAAUGUCUUCUCUUCAAAUUCCUCAAGUGCAGUCACCGAAUAUGGGAAUGGCCAGAGCUCCCCCGGUAAAAGUCGAAGGAUUCCAAGAACUGAUGGGUGGAGAUGCAACAAUGAAGCAUGAUUCUGAAGAAAAUAAGUUAACGUCUCCUCAAAAAUAGCAUUGCUCCAAUGGCUAUUGUUAGAAAUAUAAGAGAAAAAUAUUAUUGAAUUGUUGUAACUACAUUAUUACAUUGAGGCUCUAUUUAUAGAUAAUAUAUUUCAAUCUUUUUCCUAA